CGACUCCCUUCCAAAAAUCUUCUUCUUCUCACUCAUUGAAUGUUUACACGUCAUACGUGUCACUCAGCCAGCCGGGACAACAGCGUCUUCCUUGAAGCCAAACAUUGAGAGUUGCAGCUUGCAAUUGGAUUAUUAAGUUUGACAGAAUGAUAUCAGACGUUCAGCUUGCAGUCUUUGUGAACAUUUUGGGUGUCUCUCUCUUCCUAAUGGUAGUCCUCUACCAUUACAUUUCUGCAAACAACCCAAAAUCACACUAAAGGAAACGUAACUUUUUUUUUUUUUAUGAGUGACUGGGAGGGAGUGAGUGGUGGUGUGUGUGUGCAUUAUAUGUUAAAAUGGUGAAGCGAUUCUAUUGUGAUUAUUGUGAUGCAUCAUAUCCUUAUAGUGUUGAGGCUCGUAAGAAACACAGCCAGGGUCAUUAUCAUCAGAAAUUAAAAAAGUUACAUUAUGACCGUUUUCAAACUGCUAAAGAAAAAUUGGAACAUGAACUUCAAAAGGAAAAAUGUCGUAACUUCCACUCUGGCAGACAGUGUCACUAUGGAGAAUCUUGCAUUUAUUCCCACCUAACUGAGGUCGACAUAGAACAUCUGAAGAUGAAUGUCCUCAUGGAAGAAGAUCAGAUCCGCCUUGCAAAGCUUCCAACUUUACAAAUGAAAGGAGCUGAGCCAAAUACUGAAGAAUGGACAGUCAGGAUGAAUAGUAAAGAUAUGGAGACAGGUUUGCAACCAUCAGAGUUAAUAGAAGAGUACAAAUCUAAAUACAAGUUACCCAGUUGUUUAAAGGAAAAUUCAAAUAUUCCUCAGUCAAUGAUUCCUUCAUCAAUAGAAAGCCUUAUGACCUGCAGUUUUCAAGAUUGGGGGUGAAAACAAAUGCAACCCUUAUCAAGAUGAAUGAAACCUUUCUUGAUCAGUCAAGUAACAAUUAUUUUAUCUUGCAGCCUUAGCACAAAUAAAAUAUACUUAUAAGUAA